ACAAGUUUUGCAACGUCAUCAUUACAUCAAGACAAGAAACAAACUCGGCGGCAAUAGGAGGGUAGAACACAGUUUUACGCCUCAUCAGCGUCUUUUGUUAAAUAACAUAAGCUGAUAAGAAUGUUGUUGUUAUUGGUUUUAUCACUUUUAAUUUUUGAUGGGCACGCACGUGUAGAUCCUCAGAAUCAUGAAUUGUGUUUAUACUUAUUUAAUGAACCUUUCAUAUGUGGCACUCGACCUUCACCAUCAACUUACAUAUACAUUCAGAAGACUGAACAUAGUGAUCCUGUGAAUGGUACACAAUCACCGAUUGAUAUUAUUAAUGCAUAUUCAAGUUUCGUGGUGGAUGAUAUAUUACCAGAUAUGUGCAGUUACUUUAAAGGUAUUUCUGCUUGCAUGAAGACUGGAGCAGAUCAUUUCGGAAGAAAUUGUAUGUUUACAGUCCCAAAACUGGUAAAGAUUCACAGGACAUAUCAAAAUUUAACCUCGGCAUUUUGUGACCAUUUAACAGCAGAUGUUAAAAAGUUGAUAGCAUGUGCCAACGAUGAUAAUGCAAUUUUAGCGACAUUCAUAAGCUGCAUGUAUGGAGCGUAUCACUAUAUGUUGCAACAUCAGGACAUGGACCAGUGCAAAGUUAUCCACCGAUGUCGGGAUUGUUUAUUACAGUUUGAGGACUGUGCACCGAUGGCCACAUGGAACAUGAUUUCUAAGUUUGAUGAGAACUAUAACGAUAUGUGUUCCAUGUUAAAACAAACGACAGGAUAAAUAACGUCCAACGACAAUGAAUCAAUCAAUGAUUAAGGACAUCACUAUAUAUUAUCAAAAAAGUUUCUCUGAUGUCAAUAUUAUUCAUCUUAUUUUAGUUAAUAUUACGAAAUGUAUUAUAUUAUUCCAGUUUCACAUCCAGUUGGUGAAUGUUCCUGAAUUUGUAAUGUUUAAUUAAAUACACAACAUUAACAAUU